AUGGACAAGGUUACAAGUCUUGGCAUUGUAUUGGAUCCAGAUCUUAGUUUCAAGUCUCACAUUAAUAAGGUGACGAGGACAUCAUUCUUCCACCUUAGAAACAUCGCUAAAGUGCGACCAUUUAUAAAUCAAAAAGAUGCUGAAAAACUAAUACAUGCUUUUAUCUCAAGCAGACUUGACUACUGUAAUGUGCUUUUUACCGGCCUCCCAAAGAAAACUACUGACAGACUUCAGCUCAUCCAAAACUCUGCUGCUCGCUUAUUAACCAGAACCAGGAAGAGAGAGCAUGUUAGUCCGGUCUUAGCUGCCCUACACUGGCUCCCUGUAACAUUUAGAGUUGACUUUAAGGUUCUCCUACUUGUAUACAAAGCACUUCAUGGGCUGGGACCGAGCUACAUUGCCAACUCCCUUAUCGGCUAUGCACCCCAAAGAACACUGCGAUCGUCUGCUGCUGGCUUAUUGGUUCCCUACAACAGUCAAAAGAAAAUUGGGGAUGCCGCCUUUAUUACUUACGCCCCCAAGCUUUGGAACACACUACCUUUAGACAUCAGGGAAGCCAGCUCACUAGACAUCUUUAAAAGAAGAUUAAAGACCCACCUUUUCGCUCUAGCCUUUAACUAG